AUGGUUACGGAAAAUCUUCUUUUGAGCGUUUUUGAAUUAUCAAAAGAUUUUGAAAAAUGUUCUGCAGUUGAUUAUCUUAACAAAGGUCAAUAUUUAGAAGUAUUAAAAUUGCCUUUUUUUCAAAAUCUUUUAAAAAGUAUUACAGUUGAUAAUAAUUGUCAAAAAAAUCUGCAAGCUUAUAUUCAAACUCAGGUAGAAGCAUCUUAUAACGUUGAUAAAAAUUUAACAAUUAAAAUAAUGUCAAUAAAUCGAAUGAUUAGGAAAAUAGAAAUAUUGGCUGGAGGAUUAUCACUUUUAGCAUUAUUUAUUCGAAAAAAUUGGACUGGUCCUAAUAUUAUCAUUGAAGAAGAAUUAUUUCCGAAUAAUAUCUUGGAAUCGAAACUAGAUGUUUUAAAAAAUUUAGUUUUAGAUGGAGAAAGUAUUGUAUCAACUGUGGAAUAUCCUACAUUACUGUACCUUUCCAAAACAAUCUUGGAAAAUUCAUAUUUGGCAUUUAAUGAUCUUGUGAUUUUUAAAAUUUGGUUUCUCAGAAGUUUAUUUAUCAAUCAACAAAUUUUGGAUGAAUUAUCACCUCAACUUUUUGAAAAAAUAAAUAUUAUCGUUGAUGAAAUUAAAUCUUCUUUACAUUCUUAUUCAAAAGCUGCUAUUAUUGCUCUGCAUUUAGAAUUUGCAAGAAUUUACAUUUAUUUUAAUAAUAUUCAAAUUUCUAAAACAGAUGUACAAAAAGCUACUGAUUUAUCAGGAAUUGAAAUAUCACUUUCAGGCAUGUAUAUUUUUAAAAAAAAAAAAAUUUGUAAAUUAUUAUUGCAUUUUCGAUUUCUUACCAUAACCAGAUACUUUUUAAUUUUAAAAGUUACACUUAAUAAUGAUACCUCAUUGGAAGAAUUAGAAGUAGAAACAUGUGCCUUACCCAAAGACCUUAAAUUAGAUGACGAAGUAAGAUUGGAUAAAAUUAAAUUUAUCGAUAAUUCAUUAAACACAUAUCCUAGUUUAACAGGAUUACAACAAGCUGUAAUAUUGAGUAAUUUGUUUCAAACUCAAAAAUCUCAACCUAAAGAUAGUUUAGCCGAUGAAGAACUGCAACCAUUAAUUCAUUGCAUUCUUGAACAGCCUAAGAUUUGGUCUUUUAGAACAACAACUUUAUUAUUAAGAUCAAAAUUAGAAUCCAAUCACAAAAGAACGGUUGAACGUUCAAUGAUGCAAGUUCAGGUUUUAGCAGACAGUUAUUCGGAGACUGAAAUUUCAUUUAAACAAAAAUCUAGUUAUUUUUUCAUAUCAUAUUUACCUCCAAAAUGGCAAAUCCAAUCGUUAUUGGCUGAUGUAUUAGCAUCAAUAGGUUCAAUAAAAUCAGCUUUAGAAAUUUAUAUAAAAUUACAAGAUUGGGAAAAUGUUAUUUUUUGUUAUAACGUUUUGCAAAUGCGUCACAAGGCUCAAGAAAUAAUAGAACAAGAAUUAAAAAAAAAUCCGAGUCCUAAACUUUGGUGUUUAUUGGGUGAUGCCACAGAUGAUGUUUCCUGUUAUGAAAAAGCUUGGGAAUUAUCUAACAAAAGGAAGUUAAUCAAUGAUGUUUACUUAAAAAUAAAUAAUUUUAGAAAGGAAUACGAUAAGAGUAUAGAACAUUUUCAAAAAUCAUUAGAAAUAAAUAGUUUACAAAAAGAAGUGUGGUACAGACUGGGUUAUGCGGCUUUAGUCGAAGAAAAGUGGGAAAUAAGUGCUUCUGCAUAUAGGAAAUAUGUCGUUCUUGACCCGGAGUGUUUUGAGGCAUGGAACAAUUUAGCAAGAUGUUAUUGCGAAUUAAAACAAAAAUCAAGAGCUUGGAGAGCUUUGCAAGAAGCUUUAAAAGUAGAUUAUUCAAAUUGGAAAGUUUGGGAUAAUUAUAUGGUCGUAUCAUGCGAUCUUAAAAUGUUUGAAGACGCUAUCAAAAGCUAUCACGAAAUAUUAAACAUCAAAGAAAAACAUUUAGACGUGUCGGUAUUAAAUGCUUUAGUAAUCGGUUUUAAUACGGCAAAAGCUCACAAUAUGGCGGAAAAUGAAAAUGUGGAAAAGUUCAGAAAUAAAUUACUCGAAUUAUUCGGACGAUUAACGAGUCAGGUGACAAAAAAAAAAAAUUAA